AUGGCUCUCCGCCGAAUCUCUGCCGCUCUAGCCCUAUCCGGCUUUGCAGGAUGCUCUCUCGCUGCCAGCGCCGAGGAAUGGGCCUCCCGUUCGAUCUACCAGAUCAUCACUGACCGUUAUGCCCGCUCCGAUGGCACCUCGGGGACAUGCGAUCCCAUGAAGUACUGCGGUGGCACCUGGAAGGGUCUGGCCGACAACCUCGACUACAUCCAGGGCAUGGGAUUCACUGCUCUGCAGAUCUCGCCCAUCACCAAGAACCUGGAACAAAACACCAUCUACGGUGAGGCAUACCACGGCUACUGGCCGCAGGACCUGUACACCUUGAACGCGCACUUUGGAACGCCCGAUGAUCUCAAGAACCUCGUGUCCGAGCUGCACAAGCGCGACAUGUACCUCAUGGUCGACGUCGUGUCCAACGAGAUGGGCUACGACAUUGGAAACAACACCAUGUCCAACAGCACGCACAUCGACUACUCCGUGUUCAACCCCUUCAAUUCCUCCAGUGACUACACGCCUUUCUGCCCCAUCGACGACUGGCAGGACAGCUACCAGCUCACCAACUGCUGGCUUGGUUCCAAGGGCGUCGCCACCCCGCGCAUGAAGACGACCGACCCGGCCAUCAGCAAGACCCUGACCCAGUGGAUCGAGGACUUGGUCGGCACGUACAACGUCGACGGUAUCCGUAUCGACGGCGCCAAGCAGAUCGAAACCCCGUACAUGGAGGCCUUUGUCAAGAGCGCCGGCGUCUUCUCCAUGGCCGAGGUCAUGGAGGGUGACGCAAAGUUCGUCUGCAAUUACCAGCAGUACUCUAGCGGACUGGAAAACUACCCGUACUACUACCAGAUCAUUGGCGCUUUCACCGCAGGAAAGAUGGACGCUCUCGUCUCCAUGGUCAAGGAUGUGCAGUCCACGUGCUCCUCGCCCCAGUACCUGGUCAACUUCAUCGAGAACCAGGACAACGCGCGCUUUGCAUCCGCAGGCGGUAACCUCACGCUCGCCAAAAACGCCGCCGCAUUCACCAUCCUCGCCGACGGAAUCCCCAAGGUCUACUACGGCCAGGAGCAAUUUCUCACCGGCGAGUACUCUCCCUAUAACCGCCAGGACCUGUGGUCGACCAACUACGACACCAACGCGCCCCUGUACCAGCUCAUCGGCACGCUGAACAAGCUCCGCAACCACGCCAUCUCUCUCGACGACAGAUACGUCACCAACACCUCCACCAUCCUGUACCACGACGGCUCGACCUACGCCACCCGCAAGGGCCCGGACGGCGUCCAGAUCGUCAGCGUCCUGUCCAACCAGGGCGUCAACGGUGGCGCAUACAAGCUCGACAUCGACGGUGCCGCCCAGGAGGGCACCAACCUGACCGACGUCCUCUCCUGCAAGACCGUCGUUGCCGGUGACAACGGCACCAUCACCAUUGACAUGGACAAGGGUGAGCCUCACGUCUUCUUCCCUACCUACCAGCUGAACGGGACCGGUUUGUGCGGAAACUCCAAGUCUGCCACUUCUGCGUCUUCUUCUUCGCCUUCCGGUACUUCGACUUCCGCGACGGCUACGAGCACCAAGGACAGCGCUGCCAAUGGUCUGAGCGCGUCGUUCGGCCUGAUGGGUCUGGGUAUGAUGGGUGUUGUUGGGCCGUUUUUGUCAUGA